CCCAUACCCUGCUCUGCCCUGUCCUGCCCUGCCUUGCGUUGCCUUACUUACCUUGCCACUCCAUCACCAAAAUAUCUGACGAUUCUGUUCUCGAGUCACAUUUCGUUACUGCCUGCCCCUCGUGUGAACAGAUAAUUGCUUACUGAUUGAAAAAUAUUACUCCAAAGUACGGAGUAGUCACCCUACUACUCACUGGCCUUGGAUGUCCAGGGCCACCGUCAUUCAUCGUUGAUCAUUUCAUCGUACACCCCAACUCACUUCCCCAACCUCGCCAGUCUGCCAAGUUCGGGUUCACGACGAUUGCGACCGCCCCCCUUUAGCUUAGGCCUGGCUCUCUUCCCGCGUCAGCAGCAACCACAUCAUCGUUCAUCACUUUGUCCCGAUAUAUCUUCAUCCUACAUCCACCUCGCACGCCGUGGCCGCGCUCCACCAUAGCCAUUGUCGCGACAGCAGAGCUUGCCGCUGCAAACUGCGCUUUGACGGCGGCCCCACCCCAUAAUGUCCACCACUGCCCCCCAAUCGCCGGCAGCCGUCGUGCGCAAGCAACAACAACUGCAGCAGCAACAGCCGUCACAACAGCAACAGCAACCGCAUCAACCUCCACCGCCUUCUUCUGAUCGUCCGCAUCGCUCCCAAUCGACUACUACCCGCCCCAGUGCACACCACUCGUCCUCCUCCCACGGCCGCCAACAGCCGCCUGCAAACCUCGCCGGCGUAGCUCGCCGCGACUUUGAGCAAUCUAACGUCGCCAGCUCCCCUUCCAACCGACGCAGCUCUUCGAGGGACAGAACAGCACCCCCUCCCUCGCGCACCGAAUCAUCCACCAAGAGGGGCCACACCCGUUAUGCUUCCGACGCGUCAACAGCAUCAGCCAUGCCCAUCAACGGCGUAGCUAACGAUAACGCGAGGCCAGGCAUGGCUGCCGGUGCCACCACCAAACGAAGAACAACCAUCACCGCCCCCUCCACAGGACAAUGGUCGCUCGGAAAAACGAUUGGCGCCGGAAGCAUGGGAAAGGUGAAGCUGGCGAAGAAUGUUGCAACGGGAGAACAGGUUGCCGUCAAAAUUGUUCCCCGCCAUUCUACCGACCAGCACCACAGCCAAGCUGAUCGGGAACGAGCUGAUCACUCCAAAGAGAUACGAACCGCAAGAGAGGCUGCUAUCGUCUGCCUCCUGAAUCAUCCGUACAUUUGUGGCAUGCGAGACGUGGUCAGGACCAACUACCACUGGUACAUGCUUUGCGAGUACGUCAAUGGCGGACAGAUGCUCGACUACAUCAUCUCUCAUGGCCGGCUCAAGGAGAAGCAAGCACGCAAGUUUGCACGCCAAAUAGCUAGCGCUCUUGACUACUGUCACCGCAACAGUAUCGUCCAUCGUGAUCUAAAGAUCGAGAACAUUUUAAUCAGCAAAACUGGAGAUAUCAAGAUCAUUGAUUUUGGCCUGAGCAACCUGUUCUCCCCCCGAAAUCAAUUGAAAACCUUCUGCGGCAGUCUGUAUUUCGCCGCGCCUGAGUUGCUCCAAGCAAAACAAUAUACUGGUCCAGAGGUUGAUGUAUGGAGUUUUGGCAUCGUUCUAUACGUACUCGUUUGCGGAAAAGUGCCAUUCGACGACCAGAGCAUGCCCCAACUGCAUGCGAAAAUUAAGAAGGGUCAUGUAGAUUACCCUCCUUGGCUGUCUGCAGAAUGCCGUGGCUUGAUCCAUCGCAUGUUGCAGACCGACCCCUCUCAACGUAUUACCCUGGGCGAGAUCAUGAAUCACCCUUGGUUAAUCAAAGGAUUUAAUAGUCCACCGGAGAACUACCUACCCCACCGUGAACCUCUACAGUUACCGCUCGAUCAAGAAAUCAUCGAUAAGAUGACAGGCUUUGACUUCGGUACCUCGGAAUAUAUCACCACUCAACUUACGAAUGUCCUCCAAUCCGACGAAUAUCAGCGCGCUGUACGUAUUGCUGCCAGAAGAACGACAGUGCAGACGCCCGAAGCAGAGAAGAAGAGGGGGAUGUUCGAUUUUUACAAACGACGGAACUCAAUAUCCAGCAGGGAACAGUUAUCGGCAAGCUCAUCCGAGGACAUCCAACGAGGGCUUGAUCCGCUUAACGCGUUCAGCCCUCUCAUAUCUGUAUACUUCCUAGUGCGCGAGAAGAGGGACAGAGAGCUGCUAGAGGCUAAUCCAGGCGCUACCGCAAUGCCCCAAAGCCCUGGCGAGAAACCGCUCAAAAUGCCCGAUCUGCCGGCUCCAGAAGCUGCUUACACCAAUACGUCAACCUACGAGAUGGCCGGAGAGAAGCCAACUGGCGGACGAUCUCGGCCAAGGGCGAGGACCCAUGGCGAAGACGAGGUAACGGAAGGAUUGCAAAGACUCAACUUGAACGUCGCCCCAGGAGCCGCGUCACCAUCGAUAAUAACUCCACCCACUGAGCAGCCUGUGCCCAAGAAGGAAAGUGCUGCUGCUGGUCUCCUUCGACGAUUCAGCACGAGAAAGCACCGGAACCCAGAACGUGAACAUCGCGAGGCUCCCCCAACGCCGUCGCUCAAUGUUUCUGGCCCGACUGAAUCAACGAAUGUGCCACGCAAGAGUUUCAGUGUCAGAAGAACGCGUGAGAAGGGCACCCAGUCAUCCUCCCACUUGCAACCGAGCGAAUCUCACCAACCCGAAUUGCUGUCCCCUCCCCCUGCUGAGAACAGUGCUACUCGAAAGUUGAAGGCACUCGGCCGUUCGACUAGCGUCAACAGCGCCGACCUUCGACGGCGUCUCAGUCGGCGUGGAAGGUCGUCUGAAGAUCCUGGACACCCUCCACCAACAAGCGGAUCAGACAGAUCUGCGUUAAGCACAGAAAAAGCCAUCCCUGACGGUCCUUCCGAAGAUUUGCAAGCGAGCCCACGGCGGGUUCCUGCGUCUCGCGCAAAAUCCCUAGGACAUGCCAGAAGGGAAAGCAUACAGGCACGAAGAGCGCGAAGAGAGCAGGCUAAAGAGUCAAAUGUUCCAGAAGAAACCGAUGCGGAGCUUGCUGAAAGUCAUGCGGAGGCGAGCCGUAGCCCUGACCAAGUCAAACCAGUCUUCCUUAAAGGGCUGUUCAGUGUUUCGACUACAAGCAACAAGCCUCUCUCAUUCAUUCAAUCCGAUAUCAUACGCGUUCUGGACCAAUUUGGUGUCACUUUCACCGAGAUCAAGGGUGGAUUUAAAUGUCGACAUGCGCCAAGUAUCGGUUCUGAUGCAGGCAUCGAUUCGCCAUCAUCUUCCCAACCGCCGCAUAGCAGCCACAAACGGCGUAUCAGUUUUGGAGGCUUCAAUCGCGACAGAGACGACUUUAGGGAACAGCAUCGCACGCCUCAGACACCAAAGUCUGGAAAGCAACGCCCUUCUCCUGCUGAUCGUAGCUACACAAACACUGACGAUUCUGAUGAGAGCGAAAGUAGAGACGAAAGACGGCCGCGCACCGCAAGGCAAGUUGCAGCCGGAGAAACUUCGACCCAAGUACAGACAGAUCUUGGGACAAGCAUGGUACUAGUUUUUGAAAUCCUGAUUGUAAAAGUGCCUCUUUUGCAACUGCAUGGUAUUCAAUUCAAGAAGGUGGAUGGAGGAACUUGGCAGUACAAGAACAUGGCACAGAGGAUCCUUGCGGAUUUGCGAUUGUAGAGCGUGGCGUUCUCGGUUCUUUUACAUGUAGUACACAGGAUAGUUCGUUCGUGGAGGCCUCCCCGCAGGACAGUAGCUCGUGCGGAUAAUUGCAUCGUGGGGUUUCCUUGCUCUCAUCUUCAAGCGGAAAGAUACAAUUCUGAACUACCUUCACUUACGAUAAACAAAUUUUAAAAUUCCGG